AUGUAUGGUGCUUCUGUCCUGGAGUUGUGGGUGCGUAAUUAUUCGAGUGGUAAUAAUGCUCCUAAGUUUCUGGCUGGUCUUUGGUGGAAUUGGAGGGCUAGAAACAUUGUUUGUGUUGGUAAUGAAUUGAUACAUUUGUUUCGAGUUGUUGCUGAAGUUCAUAAACUAGCGACUCUCAUUGCUUCUUGCUUUCCGCCUAGAAUUCACAUUGAUACUCCUCCCCGUUGGACAACAUGGCAUUCGUGUAGAACAAGUUGUAUGGUGCUAAAUGUGGAUGGUAGUUGUUUGGGUGCUCCGGGAAGGGCAGGAUUUGGUGGCUUAAUCCGACGUGGAAGUGGUGACUGGAUUGUUGGUUUUAGUGGUUUCUUGGGUGUCGCUGAUAACACUUAUGCUGAACUUAUGAUUGUGUUGGAUUUAGUUACCAAGGGAUAUAGUAACUUCCAUUGUUAUGAUGCUGUAAUAGCAAACAUUCAAGACUUGUUGAAGUUAGAUUGGGAGGUCUCGUUACUCCACACGUUGAGGGAAGGAAAUGCUUGUACAAACUUUCUCACUAAAUUGGGUUCGAAGAACGACACGAAGCUUUCUAUUUGGGAUUCUCCGCUUGAGGACAUGAAGGAUUUACUUUUGUCUAAUGCUCUAAGGGUGGCGUACCCUAGAGCUUAA